CUCAAAAAAAGAAAAAAAGGAAAGUUAACUCUACCUACUACUACUCUUCUUCUUCUUCCUUUGCCUCUGGUUCUAGGGUUUUUAUUAGGCACAUCCAUCUACUUAUUAGAACAAUUUUGUUGAUUUAUUUAGUCUUUAGGAUUAGAUUUUGGAAGCAAACAUUGUUUAAUGACAAAUAAUGGGGAGGAUUUCUGGUCUUUAUGGAAUUUUAACUUCAGGUACUGGUACGACAUAAUAUUUAUGUGACCAGCUCAACUGGUGUAGCAUCAACAGCUUAAAGGUACCGAUUGUGUGUCUCCAUGUUGCCAGAGGGUUAGUGGACGGAUGGCUUAUGCAAAGACCGCCACUUGUCUCAAGGAUGCAACAUGAUAUUCCCAACUCAUGCUUAUGCCUGUGCAUGCGUAUCAUAUCCAGGCCUUUGCUAGUCUAUACACUGAAUGAGGACUUGCAUCUGAUUGCAGGUUCAUUUAUCCAUCAGCUGUUAGUAAUUGCUAUCUGUUUGACUAGCUAUCAGAAUGUAGUGGCUCUACAUGUGCCGCAUAAGAUAACCCAAACUUCUUCCACAUCUGAACUAGCUACCCCUCCCAGAAGUGGAAUCUUUGAACCAAUUGAGAUACCACCUGCUGUCAUCCCUCAUUAUCCUUUCCCGGGGAAAUCAUUGCCGCCAAUGUACCCAUCCUUUCCGAAGACAUAUGACCCUGUCUUGACUGGAAGAUGCCCUGUGAAUUUCUCUGUCAUUUCAAGCAUCACAGAAAAAACAGCAUCUGAUUGUACUCGAUCUUUGUCAACGGUAGUUGGAAAUGUAAUAUGCUGUCCACAGUUCAAUAGCUUACUCCACAUAUUCCAGGGAUUUUACAGCAACCGUUCUGAUACUUUAGUUUUACAAAGUGCAGUAGCUGAUGAUUGCUUUAGAGAUAUCAUCAGUAUAUUAGCUAGUAAAGGAGCAAACAGCUCCAUUUCUGGUCUGUGCUCUGUGAAGUCAUCAAAUCUAACUGGUGGGUCUUGCCCUGUGAAGGACAUUGGUACUUUCGAAAAAAUUGUGAAUACAAGCAAGUUGUUGGAGUCUUGUAGCACAGUUGAUUCUCUUAAAGAAUGUUGUAGGCCUGUUUGCCAGCCUGCAAUUUCGGAGGCUGCACUUCUGAUUUCAGGGAUCAAGACGGCUCUUGGUGGUAAGAACAUGGUUGGAGUACCAAAUGAAAUUGAUACACUUAGCGACUGUAAAGGAGUGGUCUAUUCAUGGAUUGCAAGAACACUACAAUUUGAUGAUGCCAAUUUUGCAUUCCGGUUAUUGUCUUCCUGCAAAGUUAAUAAAGUGUGUCCCCUGGAAUUCAAGCAGCCAUUAGAAGUGGUCAAUGCAUGCAGAAAUUUAGCCGCUCCAAGCCCUUCAUGUUGUAGCUCAUUAAAUGCCUAUAUUGCUGGGAUACAGAAGCAGAUGUUGAUUACAAAUCGACAAGCAAUUAUAUGUGCUGCGGCAUUUGGUUUUAUGUUACAGAAGGCCGGGGUCAUGACAAAUGUUUACGAGCUUUGUGAUGUUGACCUGAAAGACUUCAGUCUCCAGGCAUACGGGCAAGAAGCAGGGUGCUUGCUUCGAAGUUAUCCAGCAGAUCUGGUGUAUGACAACUCAACAGGUUUCAGCUUUACUUGCGACUUAAAUGACAAUAUUGCUGCUCCAUGGCCUUCAUCAUCAACAGCAACAUCCUGGACUCUUUGUGCUCCUGAGAUGUCUUUGCCAGCUCUACCAACAUCAGAAAUAUUGGGAAAUUAUAGCUGUCCCCGUGGUGGAGCGGAUCUCCUCGUGCCCAUUCUUUUGUUUUUUGUCUCUAUAUUGUUUUGAAGAGAUUUGCCAGAAGCUGAUCUAGUUUGAGUUAGAGCCCUGUAGGUACACUGAGUGACCAGAUAAUGUGUAUAUAUACUUUCGAAUAUCCUUCCUCAGUUCCUCGUGUAUAGUUGCUGUCUUUUUGGUAAGUCAAUUCAUGGUUUUGCAAUA